CAUCAUCAAUUAAAUAUCUAGCUAACGCCACCUAACACUUUUUCCCCUAUAAAUAAGGGUUCACACACGUUCAACCUCAAUCAACACAUAUUGCUACAUUUAAGAAACAAUAAUCAUGAGUUUCAACAAAUUAUAUUCCAUAGUUCUAAUGUUUUCUCUUCUUUCUUACUCAACAUUCAUCGAUGCUCAUGCUCCUCCACCAUCACCAAGCCCAACACCUUCACCAACUGAUUCUCCACCAUCACCAAGCUCAACACCUUCACCAACUGCUUCUCCACCUUCUUCCCAAGGUCAAUGCCCCAUGGACACCUUAAAGCUUGGAGUAUGUGCUAAUGUUUUAGGAUUGAUUAAUAUCGGAACACCUCCAUCGGAUAAUAAAUGUUGUGCAUUAAUAGAUGGUUUGGUUGAUUUGGAAGCCGCGGUCUGUCUUUGUCGCGCACUUAAGGCGAAUGUGCUUGGAAUCAACUUAAACAUACCUCUUGCCCUCAACUUGAUCAUCAGUGCUUGUCAAAAAACCAUUCCUCCUCAAUCUAAAUGUGUCUAAGGAUUUAAAAAACACUUUAUAUCAUUGAUGAAUAAAAACUAUAUGAGUGUUAUAUAGUAGUUAUUUCUGGUAUGAUAAUGGUUAACAUCGCAUUCUCUAACACUUUGCAUUAUUGUUAUUGGUUGAAUUUCAACCAAUAUUAUAAAAUGUUAUGCAAAAUGACUAGAUUGAGUGCCUUGUUGUUAUUAUUAUUACUGUUAUUAAGAUUAAUAUUAAGAUGUUUUGUUUAAAUAAUAAUAGGGCAAAUUUGUUUGCCUAAAUUAGUAUCUUAUAUUUUCAGUGAUAUAUUGUGAGAUAUUAUGUUUGUUUGAAA